AUGACUGCAUACAAGAUGCUCAAAUACCAAAUCAUACCAAAAUGGCCAUGGGUGUGCAGGGACCCCUCUCAUUCUCUGUUGGUUACGUCUGAUUAUCAGACCAAAAACCGAGACUUCAUGAUGGAGGUAGAAAAUGAUAUGGAGUGCGAACAGGAGACUCUAGGUGAGGAAGCUGGCAAAGAUGCAGAGAAUGACAUAAAUGAGGAAGGCAAUGAAGACGAAGAGGCAUCUGAUGGUGAUGAAGAUGAUCCAAUGGAUGGAACUACAGCCGCUAAUAACGCUGUGUAA